AUGGGCCGAAGGGACCAUGUGGCCAAGAGUCCCGCCGCCGCCUCCCCCAACCCUCCCAGCGCCCCACACCCCGACAGCAUCCCCGAGGGCAGCCAGGAGAGGCCCCCUGGGCCGUGCGCGCCGCCGGGACUGGCGGAGGCGCUGAGCGCGCUGGGGCUGGAGGGAGAACGCGAGUACGCUGGGGACAUCUUCGCCGAAGUCAUGGUGUGCCGCGCGCUGCCCCGGAGGGCCCUGCCCCCGACCGUGACGCCAGAGAUGCGCGCGCUAGUGGUGGACUGGCUGAUCCAGGUGCACGAGUACCUGGGCCUGGCGGGGGACACGCUCUACCUGGCGGUGCACCUGCUGGAUUCCUACCUGCGUGCCGGCCGAGUGCGCCUACACCGCCUGCAGCUGCUGGGCGUGGCCUGCCUGUUCGUGGCCUGCAAAAUGGAAGAGUGCGUGCUUCCCGAGUCGGCCUCCCUCUGCCUCCUGGGCGCUGGCUCCUUCUCGCGGGCCGAGCUUCUGCGCGCCGAGCGCCGCAUCCUGAGCCGCUUGGAUUUCCGGCUGCAUCACCCGGGCCCGCUACUUUGCCUCGGGCUACUGGCCGCGCUGGCCGGGAGCAGCCCCCAGGUGGUGCUACUUGCCACCUACUUUUUGGAGCUGUCUCUGCUGGAGGCCGAGGCCGCAGGAUGGGAGCCCGGUCGGCGCGCAGCUGCGGCGCUGAGCCUGGCGCACCGCUUGCUCGACGGGGCGGGCUCCGGCCUCGAGCCCUCGCUUUACAGGUACGGCUCCAGGGGAGCGCCUCUGUGGCUACAGGAACCUACUUUCCUGGUCACUGUCUUUCCCCUCUCAGAGAAUGAGAGACAAUGGAGGGGGGCACCCAGACUUGAUUUUUCUGGGUGUGAGAGGAAAUGGUGUGUCUGCCUAGUCUGGGGGUGUCAGAGAAUGAGGUGUUUGUCCAGAUUUGGGGACCCUUAACCUUGCCCCUGGGUGGAAGAUAGCGUAUCUUCCGGGCCUCGGGAGAUCCGAACUGCGUUCCAGGGUUGAGAAUGAGAGAUCUGCCAACCUCGGGUCCCCCAGGUCCCCUUGUGGCCGCAAAUGGGGUGUCCCUUCAGCUGCCAGAGGGGCGCCCCCCCUUUGUUAACCAGGUCAC